UUCUUUGAAACCGUGAUGGUUUGAUCCAGGUGGGACAUUCACCUUAAAAAAUGAUGGACUGCAAAGAAGUGCUUGAUUUUGUGCCAGCAGCUGUUUCAUCAUCUGGGCAGACAAAAAAAUGGCUACAUCUUUCAAGGGAUGGACACUGAUGCCUCAGGAUUUGGCCUCCUAAGUACAUCAAGAAGAUAUGUGAAGCUGAUGAAUUUCCAGGAGGAGGUAAGAGCUCUUCGGGAUCUGGAUGGGUUCUUGGCUCACAGCAUCUUGCUGGAUGAGAAAGCCGCCUCCUUGGAUGAAGUGCUUCGGAGAAUGCUGGGCCAUGUGGCCAAGGAUGGCCAGGAGGUCAUGAGUGGUCUGUUCACAGAUGCUGGAGGACAUGAUGCCAAUGUUCAUCUGCUGACUGAAACCAUUCAGAGUGUGACAGCGGCGGCCACUGGAGUACGCUACCAGCAGUCCUGGCUCUGUGUUCUGUAUAAGCCCUCGGUGGAGGAGGAGACCGACCCACACAGCAACAAACCACUCAAGUUGAAAGAUUUCCUAAGAGCUGGUCGUGGCAUUUAUGAAGACCUGUGCCGCAGGCUCCCAUUGUACAUAUCAGACUUCACAGAUGGUAUUCUGGGCACUAACAGGUCUCUGCUUAAGUACACCACCAUGGCCAUUUUCGUCUACAUCGCUAUACUUCUGCCAGCUAUUGCAUUUGGCUCUCUGAAUGAUGAGAGCACACGAGGAGAGAUAGAUGUACAGAAAACCAUUAUUGGUCACAGCAUUGGAGGAAUGAUCUACUCUCUGUUUGCUGGGACUCCUAUGGUUAUUCCUCUCACCACAGCACCUCUCGCCAUGAUCUUCAUCAGCGUGAUCAGAGGCAUCUGUGACAACUAUGAUCUUGAUUUUCCUGCAUUUUAUGCCUGCAUUGGCCUCUGGAAUAGUUUCUUCCUCAUUCUGGGGGGGAUCUUCAAUGUCAGCCUGUUCAUGAAGCUUUUUAAACGCUCCACAGAGGAAGUGAUUGCUUUGUUCAUCUCCAUCGCCUUUGUGGGUGACGCUGUGAAAGGCACAGUAAACAUUUUCAUGAAUCUGCAGUUUUUUAUGUUUAUCUUUUUUUCUCACAGCCCAUUCCUGCAUGCUAAAGUCAGAGAAGUGGUAUCAGACUGCGCAUUGCCAAUACCUGUGGUCAUAUUCUCCUUCGUGGGCUCCGACCUUUUCAGUGACAUUCAGCUUCCAGUAUUCAACUACCAGAAUGGAACCAUAUUCAAAGUGGCACCACUCUGCCAUCUGACGGGGAUGAACAUAAUAAGUGCAUGUGGUCUCGGCUUCCUCCUCGCCUUGCUCAUUUUCAUUGACCAGAACAUUGUUGUGUCCCUCACCAAUGCCUCUGAGAACAGACUACUAAAGGGAACGGCGUACCACUGGGACCUGAUGCUCGCUGGGCGUAUCAACAUCCUGUUGUCAGUACUGGGGUUACCAUGGAUGCACGCAGCUUUCCCUCACUCCACGCUGCAUGUGCGUCAGCUGGCGCGGGUGGAACAGCGAGUGGAGGGGGGGCACCGCUAUGAAACGAUAGUUAGCGUGAAGGAGACACGACUGACAUCGCUGGCUGCGAACAUUCUGAUCGGUUUAUCAGUGUUUCUGCUGCCGGUGCCUCUGCAGUGGAUACCCAAGCCUGUUCUCUACGGCCUCUUCUUGUACAUCGCUCUUACAUCUAUCGACGGAAACCAGAUGUGUGAUCGAAUGGCCCUUCUGCUCAAAGAACAAACAUCUUAUCCCCACACUCACUACAUCCGCAGAGUGCCACAGAGAAAGGUGCAUUUCUUCACAGGCCUGCAGAUAGUACAGCUCAUCAUUCUGUGUGCUUUUGGGAUGUAUCCUCUGCCGUACAUGAAGAUGAUCUUCCCUUUGGUCAUGAUCUUGCUUAUUCCAGUACGAAACUACCUGCUGCCUAAGAUCAUUGAAGCAACGUACUUGGACAUCAUUGAUUCUCAACACAUGUGAAGAAUCAACACUACCAAAAAAGGGUUUCAAAUGCAAUAGACAUAUGCAUUUCAUUGAUAUGUACCUUGAUAGACAAGGUUGUUAAAUACGUACAAUUUUGUGAUUUUAUGCCCAGGUGAGACUUUUACAGGUGCUAAUGACACUUGUAUUUGGUUGUGAUCCUGUAUCUAUUUUAUAUAUCUGCAAUGAAUGCAUCAUCUCUGUUAAUCUGUAUUUUUAUUUAUGUAGUGGAAUCAUACAUCCUUGUUGUCCUGUGAUGAUACAUUGACGUCUUUGUAUUUGGUACCUGGUAGUCCAUAUUUUUAUUAUUUUGUUGCUGUUUUCUGAAAUUGAGAACUCAGAACAAGCUGAUCAUACAAUGCAGAAGAUCAAAAGCAUCAUUUUAUUCAUAGCCCUUCAUUUUUUAUUACCUUCCUCCAAAAGUUUCACCAUGACAGGUUUUAUAAAUUUAUUUUUAGCCCUUUGAUUCAUAAUAUCCAUUAAACAGAUAAAAAAACAUUUUAACCAUUCAGUGUGGUUACAUCUAAGCCACCAAAAGCAAUUAUUUUUACCCUUACCAAGAAUUCCACAUUCUGGCCUUAAUAUGUAACUUAUAAUUUAUGUUAUUUUCUUAAGAAAAUACAUAUCUGAGAAAAGUGUUGUAAUAUUUACUAAAUAUUUACUGAAUGAAUACCUCCCACAUUUUGUAAUGAUCAAUGCAUUUGGAAUGCAUGCAUACAAUUUCAUUUCAUGCAUCUCAUACGUUUAUUCACAGAGCAUUUCACCCUGUCCGAUAGAUGUCGCUGCGCGCUGCCACCUAAAUAUGGAGCCAGAAAUAUGACAAAACAAU